AUGGUGAAUCUCUUCAACCUUCUCUUGAAACAACAACGACUUCGGCUCAACCAAUUCAAAGAGCUCCAUGGCCUCCAGAAACUCAUUCCCGAUCUUCCAGCUCAAACUGACUGCUCGAUCUCCGACUUUGACGGCGAAGGCCUCGAAAUAAACGACAUCUACGGCAUGUUCGAGGAAGGAUGGGUGAUCGCAAAGACACCAGGUUCGUUUUUACACGAUGAAGGAGAAUGCCAGCGGGCUGAUUUUCGCUGGUUCUCGAACUACGUCGCUGAGAUAACGCAAACCGAAAUCAGGGAAGAACACACGGGAGAAUACAAACUCGGCCCCAGAGAAAGAAACAAACAAGGUCGCCGAGUUUAUGCAAGAACUGUCUCUGCAGAUGACGGAACUGAAAACCUAUUUUUCCACGCAGAAGGGGAUUUUGAAGAAAACGGCCGCGAAAUCAACCUUGACGCGAAACUCUCCGAAGAACUCUACGGCGAAGCUGGAAAGUACAACUUGCGAUACCAGGGCACCACCGAUGAUGGACACGAAAUGAUCCUGAUCCAAGGCUGCCACGCUGGAUUCGAGUCGAAUAUCUUCAUUUGCGACGAUGCUGACUGCGAUAUUGAAAGCCGAUUUCUCGAUAUCAACAUCGCUACGGGCAAAAAUUUCGAAGGCGUUGCGCUCAACUAUGUAGACAAUUUCAGCUCCAACUGCCAGCAUGACAAUGCUGAUGAUUUUUGCGAUCCGUGCCAUGGAAGAGAGGACUGCUGGACUCUAAUCGACUGUAGAGAAGAAUCCAUCGUUUACAAUAGAGAAUACGCCAGCAUCGACGACACAACCAUCGGCAACGACUUCUUCCUUACAAUGGACAUCAAGGUCCACCCUCUUAACAGCGUCAAUUACCCUCUCUAUUGGGACCAAUCUCUUGCAACCGGCACACCAAUCGUCUACGAGGGCAUUUUCACCGUGACGACCGACGAUGAUGGGGACAUUCGACAAGGCAGCAACUCAUAUGACGAGAAUUCCUACAAUCUUCUUCCGACUCCAUUCAAUUACUGCAAUCAUGGCAGCUCUGGGUCGAACAAUGGCUGGUUGCAAUGCAUCGAUGGGCAUUAUUUGAACGAGAACCAGGGUUCCGGCUGGAAUACAGUUUCAACGGCAAUUCAGAGCAUCGCCGGAAAUCGCCGACUUUUCCGACAUCUGAUGAACGAUUUGAGCGGACCAACCGAUUACGUAGGAGGCUAUGGCGGGCAGACAAGCGGCGACCCUGGAGAACACAGCUUUCGGGAGCUGAGCGGGCUGAAAAUCAUCGGCGGCGAUCCUGGUCCGUCUUUUGUAGCUUUCAGAGGAGAAGUCAAGAACGCACGAUUCCAGAAAGGAAGCAUGAACAGAAUCAUGGGACUCGACAGAUACUAA